AUUGUCUCCUCAUCCUCCAGGGAUGGCAGACUACUGGUGGCAGGAGGAAAGUCCAGGUUUCUCCAUGUGUGGACACUGGACACCAGGCGUCUACUGAGGAUAAUACAGCUUCCAGCCAAGGUCAAAUCAGUGAAGGAGAUGGAGUUCUUGCCUGAUAAGUUUGAUGCUGGUUCCAGUCAGGUCCUGGGUGUCCUCAGUCAAGAUGGCAUCAUGAGGUUCAUCCACAUCCACACCUGUAAGUUGCUGUUUGACCUGGGCAGUGUAGGGGACAGAAUUAACACCAUGGCUAUGUCUCCUACUGGACACCACGUGGUCGGAGUGAUGGAGGAUGGGAAUCUUAAUAUAUACAGUGUACAAGCACUGACUGCAGAGUUAAAUAAGCCUCCUCCCCCGUUGGUGUCAGUGGUGUCAUCGCAGAGGAAGCAGGAGACGGGGGAUGUCACAUCAUUGUCGCAGGCAGAUCUGACCCAGGGGAAACGAGCUUCCAGGUUAAAGCGUAAAGCCCGCUUGGCUCAGGGCAGCGAUGUGUCAGCUGUGGAUGUGAAACCAAAGAAAACUAGUCAGGAACAGGUUGGGCUACCUGAGGGCCUGAACAUGGAUAAACUGAUGGCUAUAUUGAGGGGCUAUGGAGAGUAUCCAGCUAAAUAUAGGAUGUUUCUCUGGCGUUCCAUCCUACGACUACCAGAGAACCAUGCGGCGUAUGCCUCCCUAGUAGACAAGGGCACGCACCCGGCGUAUGAAAACAUACAUGAGAAGUUUCCUAUAAAGAGCAGAAAACUGUUGAGAGUGCUGCAGAGAACCCUAUCGGCCCUCUCUCACUGGUCGGCCAUCUUUGGUGAGAUGGACUACCUGCCUCUCCUGACCUUCCCCUUUGUGAAGCUGUUCCAGAAUAACCAGCUGGUGCUGUUUGAGAUAAUAGCAACUGUUCUUGUAAACUGGUGUCAGCACUGGUUUGAGUUUUUCCCCAACCCUCCCAUCAAUGUUCUGGGGAUGGUGGAGAACGUCCUCGCCUUUCAGGACAAGGAGUUGCUCCAGCAUUUUGUUAAGUACGGUGUCACCUCACAGAUCUAUGCGUGGCCCGUGCUGGAGACGCUGUUCUCUGAAGUUCUCACCAAGGACGAGUGGUUACGCCUGUUUGACAACGUACUCAGUAACCACCCUGCAUUUCUCCUCAUGUGCGUGGUGGCAUACUGCACGGCAUGCAGAGGACCCUUGUUACAGUGUAUAGAAUUUGAUGAUUUCAAGUACUUCUUCCACCACCGCAAUGCCAUGGACAUAGGGGACGUGAUUAAAGAAGCGUACAGGAUCCAGGAGACCACCCCACCUGACGUCCACCCUGAGAGGAUGCUGGACACGUUCCAGCCACUCACCAGGGGGCAGUACCCAGUGUUCAAUAAAUAUCCCAAGUUUAUUGUGGAUUAUCAGGUUCAAGAAAGAGAGAGAAUCCGUGAGGAAGAACUGGAGUACCUACGGCAGCGGCAGGUGUCUCUAGAGCUCCAGAAAGAGACUGAGCGUCGUCAGCAGGAGGAGGCUGCAUGGUACAGACAGCAGGAGCUGCUUUUGGAGGCGGAGGAGAAGAGGAGGAAGAUGAUCUCAGAGGAGGAAGAGAAGUUGUACGAGCAGAGGUCAAGGCUUCAGGCCAUGAAUCGUGAAGUAAAGAUGAAGGAAAUGAAGCUGCUCGAUGCCACAAGAAGGAAAUACAUGAAUUAUCAGCAGAAACAGAGGACAUCAGAAAUCAAGAGACUGGAUGAUGAAAUACAGAGAAAGGCUGCUAUGAGGGAAAUGGAAACCCAGCAUGCAGUGCAGGAAGCAGAGAUAAAGAAUCUGGAGUUACAGCUACAGAAGAAAAUGUUUGAACAGGAAUUAUACAGAGAGCAUGCAGAGACCACCCAGAAACUACGCUCUGAGUAUGACGCCUUCAGGAAACGCCAGGAAAUUGAAGAUAGGGGGCAGCACCGUGUGAACCUGGCAGAGCGAGAGAGGGAGCAGGAAAUAAGGAGGAGGCUGCAGCAGAAUCUGGCCCAUGCCGAGCAUGUGACUACAGAUGCUGAGACAAGAAAACAGAUGGAAUACAGACAAGAACUGGACAACCUCGACAGGGAGAUGCAGAAUGUGCAGCUUGCAAAACUACAAAAUGAAAACCGUGACCUGGAGAAAGAAGUCCACAAACUGAUGAAUGAGCUGAAAACAAGAAGGGAAGGAGAGGCCAUAGAGACCCUGGAGGAGCUCCAGGCCCAGAGGCGCCAGGCGGACGUAGCAGCGGAGAGGAGGACACGUCUCCUCAGGGAGGAAUCUGGUCUGGCUGAGGACCACCUGGGACAGCUGGGGAACACGCUGGACCAGUCCUUUGAGCGUCUGCGAGACCUUAGACAGAGAGCGACAGAUAACAGAGACCAGUCUUGUCUGAAUGAGGUUUCUACAGGAACUGAUGGUACCACUACAUUGUCAUUUGACAGAACAGGCCGCACAAGUUUAGAUGAGGGAGAAGCCAUGCUUAUGCAGGAAGUGAGGAGGUUGAGAGAAAAACUGACUUCGGAUAGCAGAACUAAGAAACCACCUGCAGAGUUCUGAUUUAAAAGCUUGGAAGGGAAUGUUAAGGAAUAAAAAAAAAAAAUAGAGUGCAGAAAAAAACAAACAAGUAAAGUUACACUGUUAAUGCAAUGUGGUCCACACAAAAUUGUGCAGUGACGUUUGCAGCAGAAAGGGGAUAUGUUGUCUAAAAAGGCUUUCUUUGGUUCAGUAAAAGACUUGUCUUGGAGAAAAAAAAUAGAUUUAUACACUAGUGAAGCAGUUGGCACAUUUUUUUCGCAGAGAAACACAACUUUUAUCGGAAAGAGAGAAAACUUGAUGGCAGAAAAAGUGAGGGGUCACAAAAACUUUCAACCACCAGUUAGGACUGUCACAGAAAUUUUCUCUAUUUCUGGUAUAUCUGAUCACAACUUGAACUUGGAAGCAAGCUAUUUAUUUUUAGUGUAGAUAUACUGCAUCAAUCACAUUAAAUUUUUUAAGAAAUUGUAAAAUUACACAAGACUUUUGUAAGUUUGAUUGCGAUUCUCUGUAUGUAUGUUCUGAGGGAAGGACUAGACUGGGUUCCCAUCCCAAGAUCAAUCUAACAAGAUUGUUCCAUCUCUGAGGGGUUUCUUGCUAAAUUGCUUUCAGCUUGAGAGACUUAGAUGUUUGGCACGCCUGCUUAAGCUGCUAAACGAUAGUUAAUUACCCCCUAUCAGUAUAAUUACACUUAUGAACUCAUUUUUGGUUUAAAAUUACAUACUCACAUGUAGUUUUGUCCAGUAUUUUUUUAAACAUAAAAUUUUGCAGUUUUUUCACUACUAGCUCCAACCAGCUAGUCCUAGACUGCCUUUCUCUUUAGUUGAACUUUAUUGCGUCUCUU